UCUCGCGGGCUUCGUGCGUUUUCUUCUCCAACCGGAAACGCUAAGCGUUUUUUUUAUACUUCCCUCUGUUCUCUGGCGUUCUCUUCGACGGUCGACGACGACGGUGGUGGCGGACGCUGGUGGAGGCGAGGCCAGCCGCAGAUGGAAAUACAGCUCAAUAUAGAGUGCAGAUGCAUCCAGCAAAGUCAGAAAAAAGUUUCAAAUGAAAUCUAGCGACAUAUCUUUGGAGCAAGAGUAACUGGAGCUGGCUGGGUUUUUCCUGGACUUGGAUCUUAGCAAUGGCUGGAGGAGCUGGAGGGAACUCCAGGGAUCUGGACCAGACCUCGACAUGGGCCAUUGCUGCCGUCUGUGCCGUUAUCAUCCUCAUCUCCUUGCUUUUGGAAAAGGGUCUUCAUCACCUCGGAGAGUGGCUUACUAAGAAACACAAGAUGGCUUUAUUUGAAGCUCUGGAGAAGGUUAAAGCUGAGUUGAUGAUCCUUGGUUUCAUUUCCUUACUGCUGACUCUUGGACAGAAUUGGAUUGUGAAAGUCUGUAUACCUGAGAAAGCUGCAAGCACCAUGUUGCCAUGCCGCCUAGAAAAGGAGGAAUUGGCAGCAGAGAGGGGUGAAAGAAACCAUGGUAGACUAUUAUGGGAUGCACUCUUGGAUUCAAACCCGAAGCGAAGGAUCUUGGCUGCAACUUCAGCUGGUUCUUCAUGUUCUUCGGGGAAGGUGCCACUUGUUUCAUUGAAUGCACUGCAUCAGUUGCACAUAUUUGUAUUUUUCUUGGCUGUCUUUCAUGUAGCUUAUAGUGCUAUUACGAUGGCCCUUGGAAGAGCAAAGAUACGCAGAUGGAAGGAGUGGGAGAAGGAGACUUCGUCCACAUAUUAUGAAUUCUCUAAUGAUCCUUCAAGAUUCAGAUUUGCUCAUGAGACAUCUUUUGUGAAGCAGCAUACUAGUUUUUGGAAUAGAAUUCCAAUCUUAUUAUAUAUUGUAAGCUUCUUUCGACAAUUUUUCAGGUCUGUUCGUAAGACAGAUUAUUUGGCAAUGCGUCAUGGAUUUAUCAAUGUUCACUUGGCUCCAGGAAGUAGGUUUAACUUUCAAAAGUAUAUUAAAAGGUCUCUGGAGGAUGACUUUAAGGUGGUUGUGGGAAUCAGUCCUCACUUAUGGACUUCUGCUGUAAUAGUUCUGCUUCUUAAUAUUCAUGGAUGGCAAGAACUGUUCUGGGCUUCAAUAAUUCCUCUAAUUAUAAUUUUAGCAGUUGGAACAAAGCUUCAGGCUAUUAUCACUCAGAUGGCAGUUGAAAUUCAAGAGAGGCAUUCAGUGAUUCAAGGAACUCCUCUUGUGCAACUCAGUGACCAACAUUUUUGGUUUGCGCGUCCCCAAUUAGUUCUGUUUCUCAUUCAUUUUACGUUGUUUCAGAAUGCAUUUCAACUUGCAUAUUUUUUCUGGAUAUGGUAUGAAUUUGGGUUAAAAUCUUGCUUCCAUGAGAAUUUUGAUCUCAUCAUUGCCCGAAUUUGUCUUGGAGUUGGAGUCCAAUUUUUGUGCAGCUAUAUUACACUUCCACUUUAUGCGCUUGUAUCCCAG